CACCUCCUGUUCUAAAUUUUGGGAGUUAGCAAGUUUGUAUUGCAUUGAUAUUCAAUUCUGCUCUAUAAAUCUAGAGUUGGUUUGAUAUCUAAGAAAGCUUUGAAUGAAGUAUUCCUGCUACUGAUCUUAUAGAUAGAAAGGUGUCAUCUGUAUCAAUUUACGCCGAAAUGGCAGAAGCUCGGCUUCGAUUCGGAGCUAAAAGCUCUGCUGAUGUAAAAUUGUUCUUGACAGGCCCAGGUGAGGAGAAGUAUGGAACAAAUCCAGUUUACCUCCAUUCUCAGAUCCUGAAAAAACUCAAAUGUUUUGAAGGCGAGUUUUCCAACCGCUGGUCACCGUAUAAAUCAACUGAAAUACGGUUAACUACUUCCCAUAACUUUGAUCACUAUUUAAAAUGCAUUGAGAUCAUGUAUGGUGAGCAUGUUUAUUUUCCCAAUGUUGAGGAAUGCCUGGCAAUUCUGUCAGUUGCUUCUGAAAUGUUUGCUGAUGAGUGCAUCAACAAAUGCAUGCAAUAUUUGGAAGCAGUGAGUUGGAGUACUGAGGAGGAGUCCCAAAUUCGGAAAGUGCUUUCUUCCGAGGGAUUGAAACUGAAAAUUUUACCAGCUUUGGCUGCCAGGCUUCAUCAGGACGACGAUGAUGACCAUAUAAAUUUUGUGGAAAAGAUUAUCCAAGAGAUGAUGUUAUAUUAUAAAAGCAGGAGCUGGAGUUUAUCCAGGAAUCGAGAAACUGCGGAGAAAGAUUUAAGGGGGAUGUUAGAGGGAAAUACAUCUAGAGAUGUGGUGGACGUAUGCGGGCGUGUGGUUUUGGAAGAGUUCAAAGCAUCCAUCGGCUCUCGUGAAUUCUCCACUCUAAGGCUGCCUUUUAAUCUUAUUUAGCUAUGUGAUGGAGGAAUACUCGAAGCUGCACUCAAGGCAUUUUGUGAAGAUGCAGAAUUUGUAAAAUAUGUAAAGGAGCAAUGCUGUAGACCAUAUGUAAAUCUUUCAAGUUCGACUGAAGAGGCUGUGUUCGACAUAAUAAUGUGGUUUAUGAAGGCCGCUGGAGGAGGAAAGAUAAUAGUUCCAAGAGCUUCUCGAGUUUCUUUUCUCACAACUUGGCUUCCAAUCGUGGGAACAUUCAGAUGGCAUAGCUCAAUUAGAAAUAAAUUUGAGGAGCUUGAUAAAGCAGUGCUUAAGGUGGUUGAGAGCCUUCCUCAAGUGGACCAGAAACGUAUUUGCUUAUUAUGGGGAGAGGUUUACAGAUGAUUGGACUCAGGUAUUGAGUCGCGUCUGUCGUAGGUUAUUGGUGUACAGCCUGUGUCUUAGCUUUGAACUCAGGUAUUUAAUGUGUGCAGGUAAUAAAAAGUUCGCUUAAGUUUUUAAGAA